AUGGCCACUUGGAGUGGCGUGAAGAUGCACUAUGUGUGUAUUUUUGCUCAUAUGAAGAAUGACCAGCGUGGUUCACGUCCUCGCGACCCGCGCCACGUCUAUUCCAAUCUGACAGCUCCUGAAAUAUGCCCCAUUCUUGCGCUCGGUGUAUACUGGGCUUCGUACGGCGUUGAUGACAGCGACUUGCGUUUAUUCCCCGGAAAUGACCAAUAUGCACGCUUCAGAAAAGCCUUAGGGCGCGUAUUAAAGACCAUACCAAUCGCAGAUGAGCUUGAGCGCCGUGGAACAAGUGCCACGGACAUCGGAACUCACUCUAUGCGUAAAGGGGCUUCUACGUUUUGCCCCUCUGGUUCGAAUGCAUGCCCACAAGCGGUAGCAGUCCAUCUUCGAGCAGGUUGA